UACACUGAACGACAGAAGGAAAGCGCUUCAAACGCCACUGAGCAGACGCUCAGCAUCUCAUCCAGACAAAAGGCAAAGCUGUCCGGCUGGCUAAUUGCACUUUAAGUUAACUUAGAGUAGUGCCGUUCAUUCGUGUGGAAAACAAAGAUUUGCUGUCGCARGGAAGAGGAGAUCCUGCUGCGAUUUGGCUGCGAGGACGAAACACAAGACAGCUACAAGGCCGGACCGGAGUCUAAGAUGCCCUGAGGGGGAGAAGGGAAAUGUAAAUGGCUUCCAAAGUUAAAGAUGCUGUGGUGUGGUACCAGAAAAAGAUUGGCGCCUACGAUCAGCAGAUAUGGGAGAAAUCAGUGGAGCAAAGAGAAAUAAAGUUUAUUUCUCUGGGCUUGAGAAACAAGCCAAAGAAGACRGGACAUGUCAAACCAGAUCUUAUAGACGUGGACUUAGUUAGAGGGUCAGCGUUUGCCAAGGCCAAACCAGAGAGUCCGUGGACGUCGCUGACCAGGAAGGGCAUCGUCAGGGUCGUCUUCUUCCCCUUCUUUUACCGGUGGUGGAUCCAGGUCACCUCCAGAGGCAUUUUCCUCCUCCUGUUGGCGCUCUACCUGCUGCAAGUGGCAGCAGCAGUGCUGUACGUCACCAUCCCUCAGCCUCAUGGGAUACCGGCCACAGAGGUGUUCGGAGCCAUCUGGCUCAUGCUGUUGCUGGGAACCGUCCACUGUCAGAUCGUCUCCACCAGGACCCCCAAACCGGCCUCCAGCAGCGGGGGGAAGAGGCGCAGGAAGUUGAGGAAGGCAUCUCAGAUGGAGGUGCAUAGGGAAGGCGACGGGUCUAGCACUACCGAUAACACGCAGGAGGGGGCGCCACACUCUCACUCAGCCUGCGCCUCCUACAGCCUGGGUGCUUUCUUCCAAGAUUUCUGGCAUGAUAUCUGUAAAGCUGGAUCUAAAAAGUCCAAGCUUUCCAUCGAUAAGUCGACAGAGACGGAUAACGGUUACGUGUCGCUGGACGGCCGGGUGACCAACCGCAGCAGCGAGGAGGGUCUGCAGCUCCACGAGCAGAGAUGUGAUUUAUUAAACCGAGCUGAUGAGAUGUGCUGGAGCCCACACGUCCAGCCCACACACGCUCACCCGGCCCGCAGCUCAGGCCUGCUCCUGCCCAGCAGCAGCAAGGAGCCGGCGUCGGACGAAGCGUCGAGCGAGGAGGACCCCGAAGCGUCCUACAGCGCCCUCCGCAGGGGAGUGGAGAGAAUGAACAGCGACUGCGCACUCAGAAACCGCAAGAGUACGCACCAUUACAAGAAACACUACACUGUGGAGGAUGUCCCCAAAUCUGGGACCAGCUGCAGCUCCAGAUGUUCCAGUCUGAGAACUCAGGACUCGGAGAGCACUCGACACGAGUCGGAGACAGAGGACUUGAUGUGGGAAGACUUCCUGCACUGUGCAGAGUGCAGAUCGUCCUGCACCUCAGAGACAGAGGGAGAAGCAGGAGGGACGUCUGUGUGUCCUCCAGCUAAGAAGGAGUACAGAGACGACCCCUUCCAUCAGGGUCACGUUCCCUGGCUGCACAGCUCCAACCCCGGCCUGGAGAGAGUGAGCGCCAUCGUGUGGGAGGGAAACGAGUGCAAGAAGGCCGACAUGUCCGUCCUGGAGAUCAGUGGGAUGAUCAUGAACAAGGUGAACCUGUACACUCCUGGGAUUGGCUACCAGGUGUUUGGAAACCUGGUUUCAGUGGCACUUGGACUCACACCCUUUGUCUACAGGCUGGUCCAGUACAGCGAGUCGGAUCAGCUGACCACGCUCUCAGUCAACGAGAUCCUUUCCGUGGCGCUGGGAGCCGGGUCUGGAUCUGACGCCUUGGUAAUCACCAUGGUAACGCUCAGCUUCCUGGUGCGCGUUUGCCUCAUAUGGCUCUUCUUCUUCCUGCUCAGCGUGGCAGAGAGGACCUACAAACAGAGGCUGCUGUUUGCCAAACUGUUCGGUCACCUCACUUCAGCCCGCAGAGCCAGGAAGUCUGAGGUCCCACAUUUUAGGCUGAAGAAAGUUCAGAACAUCAAGAUGUGGCUGUCGCUACGCUCCUACCUCAAAAGACGGGGUCCUCAGCGUUCAGUGGAUGUUAUUGUUUCAUCGGCCUUCCUCCUGACUUUGUCAGUGGUCUUCAUCUGCUGUGCCCAGCUUCUCCACGUCCACGAAACGUUCCUGGAGUUUCACUAUAACUGGGAGCUGGUGAUCUGGUGCUCCAGCCUGUCUCUGUUCCUGCUCAGGUUCGUCACUCUGGGCUCAGAGACCAGCAAGAAGUACAGCAACACCUCCAUACUGCUCACCGAACAGAUCAACUUGUAUCUGAAGAUGGAGAAGAAGCCAAACAAGAAGGAGGAGCUGACGCUGGUCAACAACGUUUUAAAACUGGCUACCAAACUACUCAAGGAGUUAGACACUCCGUUCAGGUUAUAUGGUUUGACUAUGAAUCCUCUGCUCUACAAUAUCACCCAGGUGGUCAUCUUGUCUGCUGUAUCAGGAGUCAUAUCUGACCUGCUGGGCUUUAAUCUGAAGCUGUGGAAGAUCAAAUCAUGACUGAAAAGCCCGUCAGUCUGGACACAUCUGAGCGCUCCGACCUUCAACGUUUCCACUUUGUGCAAUUCACAAACUAUUUAUUUACCCACUCAGUGUUUCUACUUAGGGUUUAUUUUAAUUCUAGGUAUAUUUGUGUUCUACGGCACAAAGAAAAAAAAAGCUAUUUCUGCCUUCAACAAAAAGUGUUAUGAACAUAAUUUCUGUCCUGGUUUUGGUGUUCCGUUGCGUUAGAGAUUUUAUUUUCUUCAUUGUAACUAACUUGAAGGCAGUAUAUCACGAGACGCUGAUGAGCCGACAUUCAUUUGACUUUUAUUUGCUCAGAAAGGAAGUUAAGUCAUUUUCAAAACCUCUUUUAAAGUUUGUCUAGCUGUGUUUUUUAGUCUGACGCUGAAGCUGUAAAAUAUUUAAACUUAUUUUUUGGAGAUGUUUUAAAUUCACGUCCCUCAGAUUAUCUGUGUUCUCUACACGUAAAGACUUCAAAAUGAACGUACCGGACGRCAGAUGCCACUUUUCAGCAGGUUGGAGUGGAAAACGCUUCACCGUAGCUGAGAUCUCUGCAACGACACAAUCACCCAGUUAAACGYAGUUACAAACAGAUUUAAGCUACACAUCAUCCCAGACUGACAAUUGAUCUCUGACGUCAGCUAAAAUAAGACGGGUUUAAUUACUUAAACUUAGCAGUAUUUACCUCACGGAUGUGGCUCAGGAGAACAUUCAUGUUUCUACUUUUUUAUAUGUUCACAWUGCAAGAAAAAAAACUUAUUUUUGUUACUUUUCAAAGCGACUGUAGUUUGAACAGUCGUGUCAUAUUUUAUCUGAUUCUUACGUCACUGACGUAAGCAGAUCAAUAAGGAUAUUUAUUGAUUGCAGAUUAAAGCUUAGAGAAAGAAAUCAGAUGCUGGUGGAAAAAUUAGAAUUGAACAGUGAGUUUUAUUUUUACUUAAAAUUAACUUUAGUACAAAGUUUGCUCCUUAUGUUUGGACUAAACACAUUUAAAAUGAUUAUUUUAAGGAUGCUUAAACAUUAAAAACUGACAAUAUUGUAUAAUUUCUCUGGGUUGUAUGAAUUGAAACAGUGUCAACAUUGCAAUCCAACAUCAACCCAGUUUCAUUAUUAUUAUUAUUUAGUUCCAAACUCCUGGGCCUACAAUCCUGAACACACAACUUUAAAUUAAACACCAUCCGUCACAUUUUGAACAAAGAUAUGCACUUUAAAAGCAGACCUUAUGUGGAGGACAAAGUUACAUUGUGUUUGUGUUUUCAUGAUUCACAUCACUCUGCAGUUCAAUCCUACACGGUACGUGGAGAACUUUGCUCACAGGAUAGCAUGUUGCACAACGUGAUUAAAAUGCUGACAAACUGCCUCAGCAGCAGGCACAUUUCAGACCAGCUUCAAUAGAAAAACUGCGUCGUUGAAUAAUGUUACAUCGAUGUUAAAACAGAGUGUUGGAGGAGGAAGACCAAAGUGCUUAUUUAAAUGUUUUCGUCUCUGCUGGGAAAAGAAUGUGUUUCUAGUCUCGCUUUAAAGUCCGUUUCUCUUCAGAAAACCUUUUUAGUUUGUAUUUUUAUUGUGCUUUCAUUGGUCAUUUGUAAAGCCUGUUUGUUUCUCAUGCUGACUACAAGCAGAGACGAGAUUUACUGUUUUUAAGAAACAAAAUGUCUUGAAUUGUGUAAAAACCCAGAGAGGAUUAUGAACAUUUAGGUCUUUGUUUGUUUUUUGUUUUUUAACUGGUUUGUCCACCAGAUCUUCACUUUUAUAAGAAAAAUAAAAAAUGUUCACUGUUU